UAUCAUGGCACCUGUAACAAUACCCGGCGAUUUAGGUUGCUAUUACGGUCGGUCGAUCUUGCCGCCGAGGCUGAAAUGGCUGAACGAACCACACAAAGUUGAACUAAAAACGAAAGAUGGGGCAGGGAUACGGAUAUUUCCGGAUGAUAAAACAGAUUUCUGGCAAAAGACAUACUAUCCAAACAAUAUGAGAAACAACAAUGGUCACAUGUUGGCAAUGGAGAUACCAGUGGACAGUAAUGUCAUGGCCGAGACACAUUUCAACCUGGAACCUGUUCAUCAAUUUGAUCAGGCGGGUUUGAUGUUACGUCUAGACGAUGAACACUGGAUUAAAACAGGCAUAGAAGUGGUAGAUGGUGCUCCCAAGUUGAGCUGUGUUGUCACAAAUGUGUAUAGUGACUGGUCAACGACAGAGUGGCCAACCAACAAUCUUACCAUAAGAUUAUACAAACUCGACAGUGAUAUUGUGGUAGAGCAUCUGACACCAAAUAAAGAUACUGGUAAAUGGGAGUUUAUGAGAAUUGCCCGAUUACGUACAGAUGACACUCCUCAUUUGAAGACAUGUACACUGGGGCUGUUUGCUUGUGCGCCGACCAAGUCCGACUUCUCUGUGGUAUUUGACUACCUAUCGAUUAAGAACUCAAAGGGCUUUCAUCAUGGAACUGAAGAAACAACAGAGGCGCCCUAGUGAUAUUCAGAAUGUAGUCAUGGAAUAUUUGAAAACAUUCUGUGAAAUUCUUUAAAUGUAAAAUGUUUAAGACUGUAAGGCCAAUAAAGGCAUGCGUGGCAUUUCAAGAGAGUAAUAAGUUUCAAAUGUUUAGAUUUCCAAAAAUAUUGUACUUCGGGUAAGGAUGAGUCUGGGAAUGAGUC